GCUGACACACUAAAUUUAAAUUCUCAUAGUUGGCACGCCUUGUUGUUGCUCCUUCGAACGAGUUGACCCAUCUGCUUUGCGGAAAAAAUCGGGAAUAAUUGUAAGAACUAGAUUAGAAUGGCGUGCAAUGCAAGCAAGGCUCCGUUUUUACGGCUAGUCUCAACCCGAGGCUAUGCGGCGCAAGCAGCAGCAAAGGUCGGUGCGAAGGGUGAUGUCCAAAUUAGCACCCUCCCUAAUAAGCUUGUGGUUGCAACCGCUGAGAGCUCCCUUCCUGUGUCGCGGGUCUCAGUUCUUUUCAGAGCCGGAUCACGCAACGAAUCUUAUGAGAGUUUGGGAGCCUCGCACAUGAUGCGAAUCGUCGCUGGACUUAGUACGAAAAAAUCAAGCAGUUUCGCCGUUUGUCGAAACAUCCAACAAAUUGGUGGUUCAUUGUCAGUCAGUGGCGACCGAGAAGCCAUCAUAUAUACUGUAGAAACUACGAGCGAUAAGCUAGAAACUGGAUUACGUUUCCUGCAAGAUGUGGCUACUCAACCUGCGUUUAAGCCAUGGGAGCUUAAUGACAGUGUUCCCCGACUAAAGGUUGAUUUAGCAAGCGUAUCGGACCAGGUUCUUGCCGUCGAACUUCUGCACAAAGCUGCUUACCGAACAGGCUUAGGCAACUCUGUCUUUUGCCCGAAAUACCAAGUCGGCAAAUUGUCUGCUGAAACAUUGCAGCAUUUCUAUAAUGCCAAUUACACAUCGAACCGCUGCGCUGUUGUCGGAGUCGGAGUGGACCAUCGCCUUCUAUCAGGCUUUGCUCAGGACUUCGCAAUCGAAUCAGGUGAAGGAAAAACUGCAGCAGCUAAAUAUUACGGUGGCGAGCUUCGAAAAGACAAAGCUGGAGGUAGCGCCCAUGUCGCUAUUGGUGGGAGCGGAGCGUCAUUAUCCAAUGCAAAAGAAACUGCUACGUUCGCAGUGUUACAGCAAGCUGCUGGAGUAGGCCGCAGCUGCACGUAUGGAAAUAUAAAUGGAGCUGUUGGGAAAGCUGUAAACAAUGCCGUUGGCGGAACACCAUUCGAGCUUACCACCGUCAAUGCUGCUUAUACCGAUGCUGGAGUGUUUGGAGUCCUGAUCUCGGUCGACGCGCGACAGGCUGGAAAGGCUGUGGAAGCUGUUGCCAAGACUCUAAAAUCCGGAAGUAUAACAACGGACGAUGUUGCUCGCGGAAAAGCCUUGCUGAAAGCUGCCAUUUUAUGCAAUAACGGUACGGACGGGGGUCGUCUUAGCGAUAUAGGCUUGCAAGCUCUUUUAACGGGAAAUGUUAAAAGUUCAGAAGAAUUGGUAGCUGCUGUCGAUGCCGUCAGCCACGCUGACGUUUGUGCUGCUUUGAAGAAGGCAGCUUCGAAUCUAUCGAUGGGAGCAGUCGGCAAUCUGGCAAGCGUUCCAUAUCUAUCGGAUCUGUAAACUUUUCCCAAUUUAAGUUAAUAUAAUAAAGAUUUAAUCUUAGAAAUCC